ACUAAGAACGAGUUCUCGAUCUUUGGCAUGCGCUCACUGGUCGGUCCCUCGGAUGAAAGGGGGGCAGAUGUUUUUUUUUUGCUGCGCUGUGAUUAGAUGGUGAAAGUCACUGCCCUGCGUUGUCGGAAGCAUGAUUUGCGAAUAUCGGUACGAAAGACCGACAAGAAAUCAUAUUGAAAUAAGAUUGAGAUGGAGAUCGGAGCGGGUGGCAGGAUGUACUCGUGACAGAACAACUUUUGGUGCUCGUCUAUUUUGGGGUAUCCAGCAUUAUCGGAAGUGCAGCCAUAGUCGCCCGAUGGACGGUGCAUUGAAACAGCAUCGACCUCGAGCUGAAUCGAGGUCUUGACCAUAAGAGCAUGCCAGAGGGCAAGGUUCGAUCCAACACUUUUAUAAGCACUUAGCUGUGGUAUGUUGAAAUGGAAUCUUCAGCAAAGCUUGAUAGCAGGCUGAGCGAGCAACAAUAAACCUCCGUCCGUGUGGCACACAGAUGGAAUCAUUGUGGAUGCGAAUUAAUAAUAUCCUGAUUUGUGUGUUGAUAAAUGAUGCAUUUCAUAUUGGACGUGUCCGUAAUCGGUAGAUUAUGUCCUUUUGUCUGCCCAAAUAUAGCAAGCUAUCUAUAGCAUACAAUUAAGAAGGAAGAUUGUGAAGGAUGAUGAAUAUUUUACCACAUCAUCCGGUAGAUAUGUGAUUGGGUACAAAUACGUCAAUCUUGU